UUUUAGAUUUGCUGAGCGGCUUUCUGAGCCUCUAAAACGGCUUUGGGGGAGAUGGAAUGCUUCUGCAUCCCUUGUAGUCCGCACAGCUUUUGUACUAUUCGUGAGGGUGUUUAGAGAGGAAGCUUGGGAGAAGUGUGACCUAGAGAUAGAAUUGGCCAAGAGAAGCCUCUCUGAGGGAGGGAGGGCUUGGAGUGGAAAACAGAAAAACAGUGGAUAGACAAAUGAAACACAUGUGAGGAUUUCUGAGCAGAUCAGAAUCCUGACUGAAGCAAAAGAUCUCUAUUGGGAAGGAGUAAGGUUUAAGACUAAAAAGACAAAAUGGGACCAGUUGACAUGGGGCUUGAAUUCCAAAAUGGAUUCUACUCUAGUUUGUAUAUUUUAGAGCAUGCUGGCCAGGGUGUGCUGUAAUUCGAUGUGUAACAGAUACCCAGAUUGUUUUUAAAAAUGAUGUAGAGUGAUAUCCGAUUGGGAGUUGGAAUCUGAUUCUAGCAGCGACAGUAUCUAGGAAGAUUAUAGAAUUACUGCAGUUUGAAACACAGGGAGGGAAAACUCUUAGGCUUUUUGUUGGUCUGUUUUUUUGCGUUUCAACUUACCUUUGUGCCCUUUUGUUAUUUGAAGAGUGCUUAAUCUUUGAAGGUAGAUUUGAAACUUCUUGGUCCUGAUGUCUGACCAUGGAGAUGUGAGCCUUCCACCCGAAGACCGGGUGAGGGCCCUCUCCCAGAUGGGUAGCGCAGUGGAGAUAAAUGAAGACAUUCCACCCCGACGGUACUUCCGCUCUGGAGUCGAGAUUAUCCGAAUGGCAUCCAUUUACUCUGAGGAAGGCAACAUUGAACAUGCCUUCAUCCUCUAUAACAAGUAUAUCACGCUCUUUAUUGAGAAACUCCCAAAGCAUCGAGAUUACAAAUCGGCUGUCAUUCCUGAAAAGAAAGACACAGUAAAGAAGUUAAAGGAGAUUGCAUUUCCCAAAGCAGAAGAGCUGAAGGAAGAGCUAUUAAAACGAUAUACCAAAGAAUAUAUAGAAUAUAAUGAAGAAAAGAAGAGGGAAGCAGAAGAGCUGGCCCGGAGCGUGGCCAUCCAGCAGGAGCUGGAGAAGGAGCGGCAGAGGGUGGCCCAGCAGAAGCAGCAGCAGCUGGAGCAAGAACAGUUCCAUGCCUUUGAGGAGAUGAUCCGGAACCAGGAGCUGGAAAAGGAGCGACGGAAAAUCGUGCAGAAGUUUGGGAAGGUGGACCCUAGCCUCGGUGGCCCCCUGGUGCCAGACUUGGAGAAGCCCUCCCCAGACGCGUUCCCCCCGGCCCCCGUGGCAUCCGCGCAGUCUCUGGAUUGUAAUACGGCCGUGAGGCCUGCCAAGCCGCCCGUAGUGGACAGGUCCUUGAAACCUGGAGCAUUGAGCAACUCAGAAAGUACUCCUACAAUCGAUGGACUGCGCCAUGUGGCGGUGCCCGAGAGGCUGUGCCCGCAGUUUCUCCAGCUAGCCAGUGCCAACACAGCCCGAGGAGUAGAGACAUGUGGGAUUCUCUGUGGAAAACUGAUGAGGAAUGAGUUUACCAUUACCCAUGUUCUCAUCCCCAAGCAAAGUGCUGGGUCUGAUUAUUGCCACACCGAAAACGAAGAAGAGCUCUUCCUCAUACAGGAUCAGCAGGGUCUCAUCACACUGGGCUGGAUCCAUACUCAUCCCACACAGACUGCGUUCCUCUCCAGCGUUGACCUACACACUCAUUGCUCCUACCAGAUGAUGUUGCCGGAGUCAAUAGCCAUUGUUUGCUCCCCCAAGUUCCAGGAAACUGGAUUCUUUAAACUAACUGACCACGGACUAGAGGAGAUUUCUUCCUGUCGCCAGAAAGGAUUUCAUCCACACAGCAAGGAUCCACCUCUCUUCUGUAGCUGCAGCCAUGUGACCGUUGUGGACAGAGCAGUGACCAUCACAGACCUUCGAUGAGAAUUUGACUCGAACACUUCCCAAGAACUAUAAAACCAUAUCAGUGUACUGUAGCCCCUUAAUUUAAACUUUGCAGAAAGCUCUGGAAGCUUUUUUAGACAGAGUUGAAAGUGAGUAUCACCUGGGGGGGAACUGAUUUUAUAUUUCUGGUUUAAAAAGGAAUAAUUAGCUGUAUUUUUUAGGCAAGUGUGGAAAAUAGCAUGAUCAUGCUAGACAACUUUUCAGUCUGCAAUUAUAACUUGAAAGAAUGGUAUAAUGAACACUUAAUCUAUACCCUUUGUUCUAGAUUCACCAGUUGUUAACAUUUUUUUUCCUCUAAACUCUCCUUCUAAUUUCUCCACCAAUUUGUUUAUUGUUUACCUCUGGAAUUAUUAAGGGCAUCUAUGCAGAAAUUUGGAAGCCAUUUAGAAAAUCUUUGGGUUUUCCUGUGGUUUAUGACAAUAUUAAUGAAGCUUAUUACAAGGGUGAGGGAUAGCUCACUAUGUCUGACCAGAUGGUGAGGCCCGAAAACCCUAAAGAAUGAUUUUGUCAGGAAGUAUUGUUAUUUAACAAGUAUUUCAGAAUAUUUUUUUCCUCUACAAUAAAAUAACAAUUAACAUA